AUGUAUUUGUUAGAUCACGAAUCAAAAGAUGUCAUCUUCCGGCUAAGCCAACAACAACGCGACCACUUGAGCCUGCUCCAAAGACACUCCAGAUGUGUGGAGCUGUGCAAAUCCGCCUUCGAUUACCUGAUAAACGGACCCAAUCCCGACCGCUAUGAAGCGCUGGCCAAGAAGUACUCGGAUUCAGAAAGUCCGGAGGCUGUUCAGCAGGCGGUGGAGGCGCUGGUAUCCUGCUCAUCGUUACCACCAAUAGGAAGUAGCACGUUUAACAUGCAGGCAAUCCUGCGCCAAACCUUCCCGAUCUUGGCGACGAUGUCUGGAAGUCUCGAACAGUUUGUCACCAGCAAGAGAAACUUUGUGGAGGGCUCAAUCAAGUCGGCCAACAUACGUGCCUAUCGCCUGGUCAACCUGGACUGGCGACUGGAGGUGCGCACGGCUUCGAGGAGUCUGCUAAAGAAGUGCCAGGUAGUGGUGACCAUGAAGUUAUACCUGCACAGACCAAAGAACGAAAACCGGGAACUGCUGGCGGUGGACAUGUCCGGACGAAGUGAACAGGAGCUAAAGGCCAUGCAGGAGGACGAGCGGUUGCAUCGCAAGGAUAUGCGUCAGACCGAUGUCAGCAGCCUGGUGCACAUGAUCAAAACGCUGGAGGACGCCCUGGCCGAGUCCAAGACGCGACGCAUCCGCAACAUAGUCGAAGGCAUACACUGAUAUACGAUUCCAGUACUCAUACACUUGUUAAAGCUAAUUUAAUCAGGACCAAUUUAUUACAACUAAAUCUAACUAGAAAAGGGA